GUGUCGCAUGAGGCAGAACAGCCAAUCAGCUCAUCUGUUAUGAAAAUGGAGAGGGAAGAUGGAACAUGUUUGUAGAUAUUAUGAACAAUUUGUUGGUAUUUCGCCCCAUGCAUCCAUGUAUUACUGAUAAAACAUGACCAAAACACCAAUACAUAAAAGGAAAAGCAUGGAGUGGUGCAACAUUUUGAAGAAAUAUGUUGAAAGAAAUAAAAAAAAAAGACAUCCAGAAGAGAUAAAGACAGAGGAUUUUGAAAUUUUCAAUGAGUACUAUCAGAAGUGGCGUGGAAUUGAUAAUGAGUAUAAAAAUAUUCCUAGUCUCUAUGUAAAGUUACCUACAGAAGAAGAACCUUUGUUACUUAAACUGAGGGAAGAAUCCAGAGCUGUGUUCUUACAGAGAAGAAGUAGAGAACUUCUAGACAAUGAUGAACUGCAGCGUCUCUGGUUUCUGCUAGACCAACACCACACCCCACCAAUUGUUGGAGAAGAUCAGAUGAUUAACUAUGAAGAUUUCCAAAAGGUUGGAUCAGAAGCAGGAGCAAAAUGCCAACAGUUUUUCUCUGCCUCAGUGUUCUGUAAACUUCUACAAACAGAUCCCUAUGGUAGAAUAUCUAUUAUGCAGUUCUUUAACUAUGUGAUGAGAAAAGUGUGGUUACAUCAGACUAGAAUUGGUCUGUCUUUGUAUGAUGUUGCUGGACAAGGCUAUCUCAAAGAAUCAGAUUUAGAAAAUUACAUACUAGAACUGAUUCCAACUCUUCCGCAGUUAAAUGGUUUGGAGAGGUCUUUCUACUCAUUUUAUGUAUGUACAGCUGUUAGAAAAUUCUUCUUUUUCCUGGAUCCAAUGAGGACUGGUAGAAUUAAAAUUCAGGAUAUAUUAGCUUGUAGUUUUCUAGAUGAUUUAUUAGAGCUUAGAGAUGAAGAUUUAUCAAAAGAAAUGCAGGAGUCUAAUUGGUUUUCUGCACCUUCAGCUUUACGAGUGUAUGGGCAAUAUUUAAAUUUGGAUAAAGACCAUAAUGGCAUGUUAAGUAAAGAAGAAUUAGCUAGAUAUGGUACUGGUACCCUAACUGAUGUCUUUUUAGAUAGAGUUUUCCAGGAAUGUUUGACAUAUGAAGGAGAAAUGGACUACAAAACCUACCUAGACUUUGUAUUAGCAUUAGAAAAUAAAAAGGAACCUCAAGCAUUACGAUACUUAUUUAGAAUAUUAGAUGUACAACAUAAAGGAUACCUGAAUGUGUUUGCCCUCAAUUAUUUCUUUAGGGCUAUCCAAGAACAGAUGAAACUUCAUGGACAAGAACCUAUAUCAUUUCAAGAUGUGAAAGAUGAAAUAUUUGACAUGGUCAAACCAAAAGAUCCAUUAAAAUUAACACUACAAGAUUUAAUUGUGAGUGGUAAAGGUGAUACAGUGGUCAGUAUAUUAACUGAUUUGAAUGACUUCUGGACAUAUGAAAACAGAGAAUAUCUAGUACCAGAUACAGCAGAGGAAUCAGAGAUCUAAUGGCAGUUAUAAUUCAUCAGCGGGAACUUGUGCAACUUAAUAGAACAUGUAGCAGUUUCCUUAGAUUUGUGAUAGAAUACUAGAUUUUACAAGGUCAAAAACCAGUAUUGCAAUAUCAAAUAAUGGUGUGUCACUUCAUAAAACAUGGUCAAUUUCAUUUAUCUGUGGUAAAGGGCAUUUCAGUCAUUUUACAAUAUACCUAAUUACAAGUCAAAUCACCCAUUACUAGUCAUUACAUACUUGAAACCGUCCAAUUACAGAUAAGUUGUCUCGUGGCAUAUUUAGAUAUAGAAACCUAUAAAGGGAUAGCAAAAAUCUUCAUCCUUUGAAAUUGCAGAAAAUGAUUUUGAAUUGAUACAAUUUUUUUAGGCUUUCUGUUUCCUCAUUUUGAAAGUAGAAAAAUAAUUUAUCAUGUUUAUGGUAUGUAAAUAGUAGAAAUCCUAACAUUUUAGUAAUAAUAAUCUGUUUAUAUAAGUGUGUGCCAUUACUAGUAAAUCCUAUAACAUUGUCAGUUAAAUAUGAGCUAAGAUUUAUGACUACAAAGUUUUUCUUUUUACCAGAGAAACAAAGCGUGUUUCAGUUACUGUCUCAAACUACAAAUUGAUUAUAUUUCAUCUGAAAUAAGGCCUUAUAUAGUCAAUAGGAAAAUAUCCAGCAAUUAUCUAUACAAGCUUCUGAGCACUGCCUAACUCUACUGUGCAAUUACCUUGUGCAACUUUUUUAAAACCGUUAUAUAUUUGUAAAGUUAUUUCCUAGAUUGGUCUGUUUGGAAGAUGUUUUUGUCAGUUUCUUAUUUUAAAUUGAGAUAUAAAUGUGUACAAGUUGUUGGUUUAGAAUUUAAAAGAAAUAUAUAUUUGAACAGAUUUCUUAAUACCUUAAUACCAGCCUCUAAAAAAGACAAGGACAUAAAUCUUUGACAAAGCUGUUAAAAGUUUAAAGUAUUUUAAUUUAAGUUGUACCCAACACCAUCACUAAAGUUAAUUUGGCUCGUUUAAUUUUCAUAAAAUUUUGAAAAAGUAUUAACUUUGACCAUUUGACAAAAAUAUAAAAAUUUUAAAAAAUUUGAACCAACCAUUUUAUCAGAAAAAAUACACUGGUUAUAUAGCAGUUUGACAAACACUUAUUUUGAUCAUUGAGAAACUUAAUGUUCCCUUUACAACACAACUUAAUUCAAAUGUUUAUCUGAUUUUAAAAGAGUUAUCUCCCUGUAGUGUUAGGUUCCACCUUAAAGUGAAGUGACAGUGUGUUACUUGGUAACUAUUUUUUUUUAACCAUUAUAAUUUGUUUGUUAUAUUUAAUGUUACUGUCUGAAUAGUUUGUUUCGUUUAUGUUUUGUUUUCCAAUGUUGGUGUAUUUUGUCAUUGUUUGUACUGAGAGGUUGUAAAUAUGUGAAUUCUCAGUCUCCAAGCACGUCAUAGUUCUAUUGUUAUUAGAAAUAAUUAGUCUUAUUCCUUAGAGUAAAAUAAGUUAGACUACAAAUGUAUAUAUAUAUUAAUACCAAAUGAUAAGUACUUUUUUACUGGUUUCUACAAAUGAAUACAUGUAUCAAAAUAUAGGUAAAAGCAAAUUUAUUCCAAAUUCAUUUAGAAAAGUUAUUUGAUACAAUACACAUUUCUGUCUCUAAUUGUGAUUUACUGUAAUUUCUUAUCAUCCUUCUUGACAAUGCUUUCUUUUAUUAGUUAUUGUCCUAAGAUUGUAUGUUCUUCUAAAGUUAUAUACACUUUUAAACACUUGACAAAUGAUAUCUUUUCUUUUUGUUUAUUUCAGCAUAUCUCAUAUUACCUCUCAAGUUUGCUCCUUUGGAUCCAUAUUUAUAAAUGAGUAGUGACCCACGUUUUCUUCAGCAUAUAUAUCUUUAAGAAAUUCUGCAAAAUUUUUGUUUCCGCAAAACAAUGAUAUCUUCCAUAUUGAAGAUUUUAAGAUUUUGUAAAUUUUUAAUCAGACUUUCAAUGUUGAAAACUCAGCAUUAAAAAAUCAUAUACAAUAAACUCAUGUUUGUUUGAAUGUAUAAUUACUAAAUUUUACAGGAUAUUUGUUCCAUAAACUCCCCUGUGAUUUUGAGAUACUUUUAGAUCAGUCUUUCCAGAGUUAUUGCCCUUUCAUUAAAAUCUCCUCACCUUAUGCACUUUGUACUUGCCAGCAACUGAGUAUUAGAUUAUUUAUACAUGUAUACAAAAAAAUAUCACCUACUUAAAAUUUACAAAAUUGAACAAAAAUAGAAUUAAACCUGUUGAAAGAAAAAACAAAAAAUUGACAUAGCUUGUACUUGUAAUUAUUGUCUAUAAUACAUGACAUUGUAAUUAUUUUUUGGCUGAUAUUAGAAAAUGAGAAAACCUGAAAAUUGAAUAUCAUCUCAACAUUGAUAUUUACUGAUUUCUUAAUAUGAAAGAUAAUGGAAAAAUCAAUACUCUACACUGUAUAACACAGACUAUUCUAAGCUGAUAAACUAUAAUCGAUAAUAACUUUGACAAUUGCUUGAUAAAUACCGUCCCAAAAGUUAUAUUUUUUUUUCAUGCGUUUGUCUUUUGAACUUUUCAUAAAAUACAUGAUUAAAUUGAUUUAUCCUGUGUUAAAAUUGAUACAAAUGUAUUAACUUUUAAAACUAGUUAUAUUAUCUGAUACAUGUUAAAUAUAAAUUGAGGGAUUAUUUUUAUCUUAUUACACACCAACAAUUUUAGUUGGUGUCAAUGAAAGCUAAAUUGAUAUCAUUUGGAACAUGUGGUAACUUUUAUAAAAAACAAGUGUAAUAUACUCAUUCAAUAAUAUUGAUCUUUAAUCAGAUAAUGAAAUGUUGAAAGUAUUUUUAAAUGCAGUGUACAAGGCAGCAGCUGUAUAUUGUUUUAUGUUAUCACUGCCUGAUAUUGUAUAAUAUUGUGAGGUUAUAUUGUAAAUAAAAUAUUUGUGAAUAUUAA